GCCACUUUGAUUAAACCCUUUAAAAGCUGACCAGGUUUGUAGACAGCUCAGUGAAGAUUUUGGAUGACAGUCAAUAGCAGUUGGUCCACAGAAAUAAAGAAAAGAAGAUGAAAUCUCACUUGUUGAUUGUUGUGGGUCUUUUUGGAAUCAUAUGCUCAGAAGUGUUUGCUCAAAAUGCUAACAGGCCACUGUCCUGUUGCUUCAAAUUCCAAAAAACUCCAAUUCCAAGACGCUUUUUUGUUGGCUAUGAAACAACCCGGGAUGACUGCCCACAGCUAGGUGUAAUACUUUUUGCUGCCAAUAAAAAAAAAGAAGUGUGUGUCAAUCCAGAUGAUGCUUGGGUCAUAAAGUACAUGAAUUACUUUGAUCGGCUUUCACUCCUGCCAGCCGCAGAAAAUUAAAUGAUACCAAAGGAACACAUUCCAUAAGAGUCUUCUGCAACUCAUCAAUGCUCUCUUCACAUGGUUUCCUCUUUCAGUCAUUCAAAACCUGGCAAUAUAUUAAUCUAAUCAGCAUGACACGUUAAAAUUCAUUAAAGGAUCAUGUUAUUCCUUUUCCUUUUUAUAUACUUUAUAUUUUUUGUGUAUUGAUUUUGCCAUCUUCUGCUAUACUUUACCUCAUAAUACUCAUGUCUUCUGUGCUAUACAGUUAGCCAAAUACAUACAAUAUGAGUGUUUUUCAUAUCUGGUUUAUGGUAACAGAAAACAAAAUUUUGCUUGCAAUGUUUUCCACUUGGUCAGGGAUAUGACUAUCAGAUAAAACAUUUUGAAAGAAUGCUUUGGCUAAUUUGAAUAUAUCUUUGCUAUAAAUGAGGGAAUAUUUUGGGAAUUUUUUUGAAACGAACAUUUGAACAAUAUCCUUAGGCACAAAUAUUAAGUCAUGAUAGGUUCAGCUUGAAUGAGAAUUGCAGACUGCAGAAUUAAAUGUAUUGCAGGGGUCAAAAAUUACUGAUACACUGUUAUUGUGUUGUUAUUGUACAGUCUAUAUGUAAGUACCCAGUUCCAGCUAUUCAGGCCAUACCAGCAAAUUUGCAGAACCCCCAUGAAAUAUAAAUAAUCAAAUUCGUCAAAAAAAAAAUAUUUAGAAUAAGAUGUCCAAAGGUCAGCUUACUGAUUAUAUUUAUCACCUCUUUUAAUCAUUAGUAAUCUUAAAAGUUUGCAAUUUAUGCUUUGUAAGCACACAAGUCACAAAUACAAUGUACUGUUUUUAAAAUAUGAUCAUCAUUUAUAUAACAUUAAUUUCUAAAUAUGUCUAAGACAAAUGUGCCCACUUUCUAUCUUUCAAGCUGCUACAGUGUUCCCCUCUCUUUUAUUUAAAAUUAUUUAUUGACUUCAUAUAUUUAAAUAUUAUAAAAGACUCCAAGCCAUCUGACACUAGUGUUAGUGGAAAGUGGGUACUUUUACCAACUGCCAAAGAAAUUCCUGUAAAAAAGACAUAAAUUGGUAACAGCUGGGCAACCUCAUGCUAAUUUAUUUUAAAAAUGCACCUAGUUUUCCAAAAAAUGUUGACAGUAAACACAUCCCAUUGUUCAUCAUGGCCUAAGAUAUACUAAAAUAAUGCAAAACUAUGCCUCAGGAUGUAUUAUCAUUAAAUAAUUCCCAAUUUCUCAUAGGAACGUUUAAGAGAAAAGGAAUCCACUAUUAACUUCAACCAAAUUUAAAGUUCAGACAUUCUUGAAAUCACGAUUUGCACAAAAGGGUAGAGAUGUCUGCUGGUGUACUGAGAAAGCAAAACUUGGGUAACUGCGUAUGACAAGGAUGAAAUGGUGAAUUACAACUCUCUAAAAUCAAAAAAUCUUUGAGUAUUUCUCUCCAAUUAAAAAACAUCCAGUUAUUUUACAAGUUUGUCUUAAUAAAUCAUUUACUCUGUCAUCUUUUCAUGCUUUAUAAUAGACUGAGGGAGUCUGUAUAAUUGAAAAUAUACCUGUUUAAAGGCCUACCGUAAUACAACAGUUGUUUCGAGACACACAAUGUUCUCUGUUUAGUGAAUUUGAGUUUGCAUGUUUGGUCAAAUAUGUAUGACAGUAAUUAAAUAUGCAUUUGAAAACUUUGCAGAGUGUAGAUUCACAAAUGUUUGCCAAUGAAAAGAUGGCAGAGUUGAGUAUCGUGAAUGUUUGCUUCUUUGUCUUUUUUUUGUAUAUAUACUGUAUUAUAACAUAUCUUUCAAGAACUAAUAAAGAAACUUCUUGGCUUAAA